CACUGCGCCAGUUUGCCUGCUUGCGGUGCCGAACGGUGCAGGAAGUCUUGACGUAAAACGGUGCAAACUAAACAAACAUUUAGUGGCGUUUGGUUUUAGUGAGCCGAACCCCCCCCCAGAUAACAAUGUCUCGGGGUUCCGAACCUGCGACCGUCGGUAUCGGAGUCGUGGGAGACAUCAAGAAGGAAAAGAAAGUGGCUCUCAUCACCGGCAUCACCGGACAGGAUGGGUCGUACUUGGCGGAGUUUCUGCUCUCCAAAGGAUACGAGGUUCACGGCAUUUUGAGACGUUCCAGUUCGUUCAACACGGGACGCAUCGAACAUCUUUACCAGAACCCAAAGGCGCACACCGAAGGCAAUAUGAAGCUGCACUACGGUGACCUGACGGAUAGCACGUGUCUGGUGAAGAUCAUCAACCAAGUCAAACCAACAGAAAUCUACAACCUGGGUGCUCAGAGUCACGUCAAGAUCUCCUUUGAAUUGGCCGAGUACACGGCUAAUGUGGACGGCGUGGGAACGCUUCGUCUUUUGGACGCCAUCAAGACGUGCGGCUUGACCAACAGCGUCAAGUUUUACCAGGCCUCCACCAGCGAGUUGUACGGCAAAGUCCAGGAAAUCCCGCAGACGGAGACCACGCCCUUCUACCCUCGUUCGCCUUACGGUGCCGCCAAAUUAUACGCCUACUGGAUUGUGGUGAACUUCAGAGAGGCGUACAACAUGUUUGCCGUCAACGGGAUCCUCUUCAACCACGAGAGUCCAAGGAGAGGGUCCAAUUUUGUGACACGGAAGAUCAGCCGCUCUGUGGCCAAGAUUCACUUGGGCCAGCUGGAGAGCUUCAGUCUGGGCAACCUGGAUUCCAAGAGGGAUUGGGGCCAUGCCCGCGACUAUGUGAAGGUAGAACACGAUCCGCGCACGAACCAAGACCAGAAAAAGACCCACAAAUGCGUAAAACGUAAAAGUCGAGUGCCAAAUUGACACGCAAACAGCGCA